AUGAAGAACCUGGUGCAGGUUCUCUCUCUGUACCUGAUGUGCCUCUAUGGCUGUCUGUGUCAGGAAGAAGACCCACAGGACUUUAUGCUACUAGCAGGCCCUCUCACCAACUACUUGAGAACGGACUUGAGCACCAAACCCAUUGAUGCCUUUGACUGCAGUCAUCCCCUUCCCUUGGGCUCCAGACCCUACUUUCAGUAUCUCCAGAGUCAGGGAGUAACUCACUUCAAAGUUCCCCUGUCCUGGGCUCAACUUUUGCCCACAGGUGACCCCAGCCAGCCCAGUCAGCCCGUAUUGUCCUGCUACCGGACCCUCUUGGAACAGCUAGUGGAAGUAGGCCUCAAACCCCUUGUGGUCUUGCAUCGCUCUGCUUUACCAGAGGCCCUUAGAUCCAGAUAUGGGAGCUGGGAAAGUGCAGAGCUGCCAGAGGUAUUUCAGCAAUAUGCUGAAUUUGUUUUUCUGGCGUAUGGAGAACUGGCACACUCCUGGGUGACGCUGAGCCACCUUGAAGAGCUGAAGGAUGAGGUGCAGAUGCAGCUAAAACAUGCCCUCUAUGCCCACGCCAACGUGUACCACCUCUACCAUUACCUGUUUCCUGGCCAAGGUAAAAUCUUAAUUAGCAUGUGGUAGAAGAUGUACAGUUGAAGUCAGAAGUUUACAUACACCUUAGCCAAAUACAUUUCAACUCAGUUUUUCACAAUUCUUGAUAUUUAAUCCUAGUAAAAAUUCCCUGUCUUAGGUCAGUUAGGAUCACCACUUUAUUUUAAGAAUGUGAAAUAAUAGUAGAGAGUGAUUUAUUUCAGCUUUUAUUUCUUUCAUCACAUUCCCAGUGGGUCAGAAGUUUACAUAGUAUUUGGUAGCAUUGCCUUUAAAUUGUUUAACUUGGGUCAAACGUUUCAGCUAGCCUUCCACAAGCUUCCCACAAUAAGUUGGGUGAAUUUUGGCCCAUACCUCCUGACAGAGCUGGUGUAACUGAGUCAGGUUUGUAAGCCUCCUUGCUCGCACACUUUUUCAGUUCUGCCCACACAUUUUCUAUAGGAUUGAGGUCAGGGCUUUGUGAUGGCCACUCCAAUACCUUGACUUUGUUGUCCUUAAGCCAUUUUGGCACAACUUUGGAAGUAUGCUUGUGGUCAUUGUCCAUUUGGAAGACCCAUUUGCGACCAAGCUUUAACUUCCUGACUGAUGUCUUGAGAUGUUGCUUCAAUAUAUCCACAUAAUUGUCCUUCCUCAUGAUGCCAUCUAAUUUGUGAAGUGCACCAGUCCCUCCUGCAGCAAAGCACCCCCACAGCAUGAUGCUAACACAUUUUAGUCAUUUAGCAGACGCUCUUAUCCAGAGCGACAUACAGUUAGUGAGUGCAUACAUAUUAUUAAAUGUUUUUCAUCUGGGAAUCGAACCCACAACCCUGGCGUUGCAAGUGCCAUGCUCUACCAACUGAGCUACACGGGGCCCCGUGCUUCACGGUUGGGAUGGUGUUCUUCGGCUUGCAAGCACCCCCUUUUUCCUUCAAACAUAACAAUGGUCGUUAUGGCCAAACAGUUAUAUUUUUGUUUCAUCAGACCAGAGGACAUUUCUCCAAAAAGUACGAUCUUUGUCCCCAUGUGCAGUUGCAAACCGUAGUCUGGCUUUUUUAUGGCAGUUUUGGAGCAGUGGCUUCUUCCUUGCUGAGCGGCCUUUCAGGUUAUGACGAGAUAGGACUUGUUUUACUGUCGAUAUAGAUACUUUUGUACCUGUUUCCUCCAGCAUCUUCACAAGGUCCUUUGCUGUUGUUCUGGGAUUGAUUUGCACUUUUCGCACCAAAGUAUGUUCAUCUCUAGGAGACAGAACGCGUCUCCUUCCUCAACGGUAUGGCGGCUGCGUGGUCCCAUGGUGUUUAUACUUGCGUACUAUUGUUUGUACAGAUGAACGUGGUACCUUCAGGCGUUUGGAAAUUGCUCCCAAGGAUGAACCAGACUUGUGGAGGUCUACAAUAUUUUAAAAUAAUAAUAAUAAUAUGCCACUUAGCAGACGCUUUUAUCCAAAGCGACUUACAGUCAUGCAUGCAUACAUUUUUGUGUAUGGGUGGUCCCGGGGAUCGAACUUACUACCCUGGCUUUACAAGCGCCGUGCUCUACCUGAGGUCUUGGCUGAUUUAUUUUGAUUUUCCCAUGAUUUCAAGCAAAGAGGCACUGAGUUUGAAGGUAGGCCUUAAAAUAACUCAACAGGUACACCUCCAAUUGACUCAAAUGUUGUCAAUUAGCCUAUCAGAAGCUUCUAAAGCCAUGACAUCAUUUUCUGGAAUUUUCCAAGCUGUUUAAAGACACAGUCAACUUCUGACCCACUGGAAUUGUGAUACAGUGAAUUAUAAGUGAAAUAAUCUGUCUGUAAACAAUUGUUGGAAAAAUUACUUGUGUCAUGCACAAAAUAGAUGUCCUAACCGACUUGCCAAAACUAUAGUUUGGUAACAAGAAAUGUGUGGAGUGGUUGAAAAACGAGUUUGAAUGACUCCAACCUAAGUGUAUGUAAACUUCCGACUUCAACUGUACAUAAUUCACAGGGUUUUGGAAAACAGUUCACAGAUGUAACAAUUAUUUUACCUUUAUUUUAGGACCAAAGUCUCUUUCGCAAGGGAGCCCUGCAUGCACACAAUUUACAAAAUACAAUAAAAUACAAAUAUACAUAAUUACAAACACAUUUAAGAAAAAUAAUCACAUUCCUCAGCAAAGAGGUCCCCAAUCAACAUUUUGACCAGCCCGUGAGGCACUAGUACAUCCAGUUGUACUAAACUGUAGAUUGUUCCAUAAAUGGGGUGCAAAUAAACUAAACGCUGAUUUACCUAACUCUGAGGAAACCGAAUGGAUUUCCAGAGUUAGCCAUUCCUUAGACAGGGCAUGGUAACUCGGACAUCUAAAGGUAAUUAACGUUGUUCGGUAUGGUGUGAGUUUUUGUAAAAGCUUUAUAAAUAAAAGAGGGCCAGCCUACUUUCUGGUAAAGAAUGCAGUGAUGUGUAUUGCACCUGUUACGAAGAUCUUAGCGCUACAAGGUGUUUGAAUUGUUUGGAACUGACACGUUUUCAUACAUUUUAAAACAAUUGUUUCACAAAAUAUCAGUCAACUGGAUGUGAAAGAGGUCAGUGACUGUGCCUCAGUUAUGUUCCAUCCUUGACUUUUGAAGUAUUAUCAUUCAUGAUUGCAUGUGUGUUGUUUUCCUUAUCAGAAGAGAUUAUUUCUUGCCAAGUGUUGUGAAUGCCAUUAGAUAGCAAGGGUUAGGAUCUGGGGAAAAGUGAAACACUGCAUGGUCUCUCUCUCUCUCCUCUCUCUCUCUCCUCUCUCCUCUCUCCUCUCCUCAAUCCUCUCCUCAUCUCUCUCUCCUCCUCUCUCGUCCUCUGCUCUCUCUCUCUCCUCUCAUCUCUCCACCUCUCGUCUCCCUGUCGUCUCUCUCCAUCCGCCCGUCUCUCGUCUCUCUCUCUCUCCUCUCCGUCUCUCUCUCUCGCGCUCCUCUCACACAGCCUUAAAUAAAUGUAAACAUUUAAUACUUUUUUAUAAUUUUUUAAAAUGUGGACCUGGAUUGCUAACAUUGUCACUGUUUUUAUAACACAUCAGCCCUCUCCAUUCUAUGCUCUCCUCUCAGGGAGGCAUGUGUCGAUUGGAGUAAGGGCCAGUGAUGUUCCCAUCCUUUACCAAAGUGAGGCUACCAUUAAGGUAUGGUACAGUACCUUUGACAUUUGGACAAUUAAAUAUGUCAAAAAUGUCAGACUCCAAAGCAACAAAAUGUGAAACCUGCACAGGGUUGAUACUUUUUCCAAAGCACCCACUGUAUUGCUGUGAUGGUGAUAACAUAUUUCCCAUUCAGGAGUCCCUAGAUUUCCUGUCAGUGCAAAUUGAAUACAACUGCACCUCUAAAUCAAACCUGGCAGAGGAGAUGAGAAGAUUACAGGUAGUCUACUCUUCCAUGUUCUGAUCAAGUGUGUCUUAAUGAAAGGAAGAAGAGAGCCUCCACACAAAAGUGUAUUUUAUUACUAUCUUAUCUUACCAACAAUUAUUAAAUGUCUAAUUGCCAAUAUCCUUGUAAGUUAUUGUAAACUGUGUGUGUGAAACUCAAUGUUUUACCCCAAAAUGGAAAACUGAAUAAUGGGACAUUCUGUAUGUACAGUUUUAAGGUUGAAGAGGCUGAAUACAGAAUGUCCUAAUAUGAUUUCUCUAAUUUAGAUGAAAACACACAACCAUCAAUCUGCAACUCAUAAUUGUCUCAUAAAAGCCAGCGCCUGAAUGACGAUCCCUUUGUCAUGUUUUAGAAGGCGAAUGGGCAGAUACCCAUUGUGAUUUACAAGAUGAAUAUCAAGGGCUGUUCCUUCAGUCAGUUCCAGCCACUCAGUAACAUCCUGGAAGGUAAAUCAUUUGAAGCUGCAUAAAUGUACACACACAUGCUUUGUAGACCAUCAGACUAACCACUGGUGUAUGAUCAUACCAUUCAACCUCAGCACAAUGGUUCAAAUUAUAUUUGUUUACAGACAGUGCACCCAUACUCAAGUCUAGUGUCACAUUAUAGACAUCUCUACACUGUCAAAUAAACGUGGUGGUGAUGACAUCUCAAAAACCAGAUGGUGGAUUCAAAUCAAGAGUUAUUUGUAGUAGUUACAGUGCCAGAGACCAUCAUUUUAUUGACAUUAUCUCCACAAAGAUUUUAUCUAAUAUAAAACGUCAUAGUCCAAUUUGAUUGUAAAGGCAUUAUGUAAUUCUGAUUUGUUGUUAUCAUGGUCCGGAGUACGCUGCAAAGUGCUUAUCUACCUAGUUAAAGGGCAAUCUGGUAUUCAAACAACAACAAAGUGGUUUUCCCACCACUUCUCUGGUUAACAGCUGAUGGAUAGGACUGGAGAAAUGUAACUACUAUGGAUGCAAGGAUUGACCAUCGAUGAGAUUAAAUUAUAGUUAAGUUUAAUGAUUUGAAGUUUAAUGUUUUGAAGCUAUACAGUGUUCAAACCCUCUACCUCUAGCCAAACUGUCUCAAUUACCAACUCACUUAAAAACUGUGAAUAUAUCCCUUAUACUUAAUGUAUCCUUUAUGGAUUUUGCAAAUAUGGAUAAUAUAAAAUGUAACCCGAUGUUCAUAUCAAAUCAUUUAUGAGUAAUUUGAAGAACAACCCCCUGUGUGUGGUCUGAAAUCAUUACAGUUCUGCAAAAUGGGGACCUGCAAAUUCAGGGAUGUGACAUGGUUGACUUGUUUGGGGAGCUGGAUUUGGUGGACACUCUGAAUAGGUAAAAAUACACUUGUUGUUUACAUGCACUAUUUGGAAAUGUAGUAAUAGAUAAAAUAGUCUACUAUUAGCAUAAUUGAAUAUGAAAAGUCUGAAUUAACUUUUGUAUUUUUUGUCUUUUAGUGUGUAUUCAUACCUCUGUAUAUACAGUAUCUACAGUGCCUUCAGAAAGUAUUCAAACCCCUUGACUUUUUCCACAUUGUGUUGUGUUACAGCCUGAAUUUAAAAUGUAUUAAAUUGAGAUUUUGUGUCACUGAUCUACACACAAUACCCCAUAAUGUCAAAGUGAAAAUGCUUACAAAUUAAUUAAAAAUGAAAAGCUGAAAUGUCUUGAGUAUCCAACCCUUUUAUUAUGGCAAGUUAAGUUCAGGAGUUCAGGAGUAAAAAUUUGCUUAACAAGUCACAUAAUAAAUUGCAUGGACUCACUCUGUGUGCAAUAAUAGUGUUUAACAUUAUUUUAAAAUGAGUCCCCAUCUCUGUACCCCACACAUACAAUUAUCUGUAAGGUCCCUCAGUUGAGCAAUGAAUUUCAAGCACAGAUUCAACCACAAUGACCAGGGAGGUGUCAAAUGGUUAGCAAAGAAGGGCACCUAUUGGUAGAAUUACACUUUGGACACCCAGUCACUACAAAGAUACAGGCACCCUUCCUACCUCAGCUGCCGGAGAGGAAGGAAACCGCUCAGGGAUUUCACCAUGGGGCCAAUGGUGAUUUUAAAACAGUUACAGAGUUUAAUGGCUGUGAUAAAAGAUAACUGAGGAUGGAUCAACAACACUGGAGUUACUCCACAAUAUUAACAUAAAUGACAGAGUGAAAGGAAGAAAGCCUGUACAGAAUAUAAAAUAUUCCAAAACAUGCAUCCUGUUUUUAAUAAGGCACUAAAGUAAUACUGCAAAAAAUGUGGCAAAGAAAUUAACUUUUUGUCCUGAAUACAAAGCGUUAUGUUUGGGGCAAAUUUCCAAGCAUGGUGGUAGCUGCAUCAUGUUAUGGGUAUGCUUGUCAUCGGCAAGGACUAGGGAGUGUUUUAGGAUAAAAAGAAACAGAAUAGAGCUAAGCACACGCAAAAUCCUAGAGGAAAACUUGGUUCAGUCUGCUUUCCAACAGACUGGGAGACAAAUUCACCUUUCAGCAGGACAAUUAUCUAAAACACAAGGCCAAAUAUACACUGUAGUUGCUUACCAAGAUGACAUUGAAUGUUCCUGAGUGGCCGAGUUACAGUUUUGACUUAAAUUGGCGUGAAAAUCUAUGGCAAGACUUAAAAAUGGCUGUCUAGCAACGGUCGUCAACCAACUUGACAGAGCUUGAAGAAUUUUUUGAAAUAAUAAAUGGGCAAAUAUUGUACAAUCCAGGUGUGCAAAGCUCUUAGAGACUUACCCAGAAAGACUCACAGCUGUAAUCGCUGCCAAAGGUGAUUCUAACAUGUAUUGACUCAGGGAGUUGAAUACUUAUCUAAUCAAGAUAUAUUAGUAUUUUAUUUACCACUUUGACAUUACAGAGUAUUUUGUGUAGAUUGUUGGCAAAUCCAUUUUAAUCCCACUUUGUAACACAACAAAAUGUGGAAAAAGCCAAGGGGUGUGAAUACUUUCUGAAGGGACUGUAUUUAACGUUGCCUUUCACCUCUCUUGCUCGGCUAGUCUUUCAGACCACACUGGGGAUGCACUGUCAGUAAACUACAAGAGCGUGUGGGAUAAGUUUGGAACUCAGACCAUUUCCCAGCGGGACAUCUUCCUGAAUGAGUCUUUUCCUGAUGGCUUCCAGUGGGCCACUUCCAGUGAGUCCUUUAAAGUCGAGGGUGGCUGGUCUGAGCAUGGGAAGGGUGAGACCAUUUGGGACCGCUUUGGCCAUGAGCACCAAGCCUUUGAGAAUCAGACUGCUGACCUGGCUUGUGACAGUUACCAUAAAGUGGACUAUGACGUCUACCUCCUGAGAGGUCUCCUUGUCAAAACCUACCAGUUCUCUAUCUCCUGGGCCCGCAUUUUCCCCUCUGGCCACUGGGGGAGCCACUCUGAGAAAGGCGCGCUUUACUAUGACAGCCUGAUCAACUCGCUGAUAGAGGCGGGUAUAGAACCUGCUGUGACGCUGCACCACUGGGAUCUUCCCCAGGCACUCCAGGACUAUGGAGGCUGGACCAAUGUUUCCAUUGCAGAAGCCUUUAAAGAAUAUGCCGACUUCUGCUUCUUCAGGUUUGGAGAUAGGGUUAGGACCUGGAACACCUUCAGUAGCCCCUGGGUGAUUAGCCAUGCUGGGUAUGGUACUGGUCAGCAUCCCCCUGGAAUAAAGAACUAUGUGGUUGCCUCCUACCAGGUGAGAGAACUGGCAUCACUCCUUCCCCUAUAGCCCUUUGUUGACUUUGUUAAUUGUAAUUAUUUCUUGGAUGAUUUUUAUCCUUUUUGUGUCCUCCCCCUUCCCCAAAAGGUGACUCACAACAUGCUCAAGUCCCACGCUGAAGCCUGGCAUGUUUACAACGACAAGUACCGAAAGGACCAGGGAGGCAAAGUAGGCAUUGCCCUGGACUCCAUCUGGGCUGAGCCUCCAAGCUCUUCCUCCAAGCCUGAAGACGUAGUGGCUGCAGACCGCUACCUGCAGUUCACGCUGGGAUGGUUCGCCCAUCCCAUUUUUGUGGAUGGGGACUAUCCGGCCUUGCUGAAGUCUCAGAUUGAGCAGAAAAGGCGGGAUUGUUCCCUCUCUGUGCCUGCCAUACUGCCUUUCUUCACUGCAGCAGAGAGUAAGCGAAUUCGCGGAACGGCAGAUUUCCUGGGGCUGAACCACUACACCUCUCGUCUGGUCAACGCCAGUGAUGGUGGCUGCGUGCCUGGACCAGAGGGUGUGGGAGACUUCAAAGCUCAUGUGGACCACGCCUGGCCUUCUACAGCGUCUGACUGGAUCCACUCUGCACCCUGGGGCCUCCGUAGGCUGCUCAACUAUGUCUCCGCAGAGUAUCUGAAUGUCACUAAGGUUCCCGUCUAUAUAACUGGAAAUGGGAUGCCCACAGGGUAUAGCGGGGACACUAUCAAUGACACAGAGCGUACAGAGUACUUGAGGGGCUACAUCAACGAAGCACUGAAAGGUAAGUCUCUGUAACUUGUUAGACCAGGGGUCACCUAGCCCUGUACAGAAGAAGUCUUUUGAGACUGUUUGUAAGAAUUACUGAUUGUUUAUAAGGAUUGUUUACCAGGAUGACUUUGGUGGUCUUUUAACAGCAAUCAAUCUGGAUGGAGUGGACGUGCAGCGGUUCACUGUGCAGUCACUGAUGGACGGUUUUGAGGGGCCAAAGGGCUACAGCCAAAGGUUUGGUUUGCACUAUGUCAACUUUGAAGACUCUGACAGGCCCAGAACCCCAAAGCAGUCAGCCUAUUUCUACUCUGAUGUUAUCAAGAGAAAUGGGUUUGCUGAUACAAGAGAAAGAAGUCCACAACAAGAACCGAAGUUUCAAACCAUUAUGCGUCAACCCACUUUGCCCCCGUCCGAGGUUCCCUCCAGAUCCAAGGUUGUCUGGGAGAAGUUCUCCAGUCAGUCCAAUUUCCAGAGGAAGCUCUACCACUACGGCACCUUUCCAAAGGGCUUCCAAUGGGGAGUGACAUCCUCAGCCUAUCAGAUAGAAGGUGGCUGGAAUGUUGACGGAAAGGGUGCAAGUGUAUGGGAUACCUUCACCCACAAGCCUGGCAGUAUUACCGAAGAUGCCAAUGGUGACAUAGCCUGUGACAGUUACCACCGGCUAGAGGAAGACUUGUACAUGCUUAGGGCCCUUAGGGUUAAGUCCUACCUAUUCUCCCUGUCCUGGUCCAGGAUCUUUCCCGAUGGUCGGCGCACUUCCUUGAACCAGAAGGGUGUUAACUACUACAACAGGCUUAUUAAUGGCCUACUAGCUUAUAACAUAACCCCCAUGGUGACACUCUACCACUGGGACCUCCCCCAGGCCCUGCAGGACCUUGAUGGCUGGGACAACAUUCAGAUGGUUGAGAUCUUCAACGACUUCUGUGACUUCUGCUUUUCCACCUUUGGGAAGCAAGUAAAGUUUUGGUUGACCUUCAACCAACCCUAUACAAUUGCAUGGUCAGGAUACGGUCUGGGGCAGAUCCCACCAAAUGUCAGGAAGCCUGGGGAUGCACCAUAUAGAGUCGCUCAUAACCUUCUGAAGGCACAUGCCACGGUUUACCACACCUAUGACAAGAAAUACCGCAAAUCCCAAGGCGGUCUGGUCUCCAUCGCCCUCAACGCAGACUGGGCUGAGCCCAAAGAUGUCAACAACCCCCGGGAAGUCAUGGCUGCAGACCGUGCCCUGCAGUUUCAGCUUGGCUGGUUCGCUCACCCAAUCUUCAAAACCGGUGAUUACCCCGAUGCCAUGAAGUGGCAGGUGGGCAACAAGAGUGAGCUCCAAGGCCUACCAGGUUCCAGGCUCCCCUUGUUCACCAAUGAUGAUAAGGCCUACAUCAGAGGUACUGCUGAUGUCUUCUGUAUAAACACUUAUACCACUAAGGUAAUACGUCAAGUAACUGCCAGGCUUAGUCCUCAGUCCUAUAUUGACGACCGGGACAUUGGAGAGGAGGAGGAGGGUGAUUCCCCCACCACUGCCAUCAAAGGGCAGAGGGCUGUAGCAUGGGGCUUACGGAGACUCCUCAACUGGAUCAAGGAGGAGUAUGGAGAUCCAGAGAUUUAUGUCACAGAGAAUGGAGUACCUACGGCUCCAAAGACCACGGUGGAUGACACUGACAGAAUAUUCUACUACAAAACCUACAUUGAUGAGGCUCUGAAAGGUAAGAUCUAAUGAUAUAUUUCCCUACAAGUUGCUCAUUUCACCUUUAAGAGGUGGUGGGAGGAGGGGACUUUGUACUAUGUCACUGACUAUAAUGCCUUCUGAUUGCAUUGAUGAAUGAGUAUAGACUGAGCAGAAUACCAAGGGGAAAGCAAAUGCCACUUGCUUUGCUGGGAAUUUCCAACCUUUGCUGUAAAAAAAAAAGUAAUCUUCCAAAAGUAAAUCUUCUCUCAUGUCCCCUUAGCCCAUGACCUGGAUGGUGUGAAGGUGAGGGGUUACAGCGCCUCAUCUCUUAUGGACUCUUUUGAGUGGCUCAAUGGGUACACAGUGGGCUUUGGUCUCCACCAUGUGGACUUUACUCACCCAAGCCGACCCAGGACGCCCAAACGUUCAGCCCACUACUACUAUCAAGUCAUGAGGGACAACGGUUUCCCUCAAUCGGAGGAUGGUACACCCAUUUAUGGAAACUUCCGUAAAGAUUUCAUCUGGAGCACAGCAACAGCAUCGUACCAGGUGACUUCUCAUUGAAAACUAUUCUGAAAAGUAAAGUACCAAUAAAAGCACCACAAUAUGUUUACCUUGUCAUUUUAUAUCUCUUGUCCAGAUUGAGGGGGGCUGGAGAGCAGAUGGAAAGGGCCUCAGUAUCUGGGAUAAGUUUGCCCACACUCCUCUUAGAGUGCUCAAUGAUGACACAGGAGAUAUUGCCUGUGAUAGUUAUAAUAAGGUGGAGGAGGAUGUGGCUAUGCUGAGGAGGCUGAAGGUGACCCACUACCGCUUCUCUAUAUCCUGGUCCAGGGUGCUCCCCGAUGGCACCACCAAAAACAUCAACGAGGCUGGACUCAACUACUACCAUAGACUGGUUGAUGCACUUCUCACUGCCAACAUCCAGCCUCAUGUGAGUUUGGUGGCCAUGAAGACAUGCUCAUGACUGGGAUAAUGUGUCAUUUACUAUAUCAAAGGGAGUUAAUUACACAUGCACACAGUUUGAAAAACCUGAAUUGACACAUUAAACCCUUGAGGUAAAUAAUCCUUUCCCCUCUUCAUGAAUGUUCCUCUCUCCAGAUUACCCUCUACCACUGGGACCUCCCUCAGGCUCUGCAGGAUGUGGGGGGCUGGGAGAAUGACAGCAUCAUUGACCGAUUCAGAGAAUAUGCUGAUUUUAUCUUCACUCACCUUGGAGACAAAGUGAAGUUCUGGAUUACCAUCAAUGAGCCAUACAAUGUAGCCAAUAUUGGCCACGGCUAUGGAGCUGCCGCCCCAGGUACUACCUUUACGUCAGACUAAACAAAUGUGCAUUUGGCUUGUAUUUGCCAAACAAUUGUUGACUGUUUUCAGUAUGUGUUUGUAGUAACAGGUAAAAAAUAGUAUAGUUGAUAUGCUAAAUAGCUUCUAAAUACAGUAGCUUUAAAAAGAGAUUCUAAAGCAAAAAAAAAAUGUCUAUACCCCUUAAAAUAACUGUAGAAAGAGAUGCUAUUUAUUUAAUAGUGUCUUCAAGAGGCAGUUAAAACAAUAACCCUUCUAUGGCCAGGCAUCAGCUUCAGACCUGGCACACUGCCCUACAUCGUGGGCCACAACCUCAUCAAAGCCCAUGCCGAAGCCUGGCACCUGUACAACGAUAACUACCGCACCAAGCAGGGUGGUAUUAUCUCCAUCACAAUCAACUCAGACUGGUCAGAGCCACGGAACCCUUACAAGCAGGAGGACGUAGAAGCUGCACGACGCGUUGUUCAGGUACAGUCUAAUGCCUCACAUUGUAUCAGUCAAUGCUCUCCACUACAUCAGUAAAACGAUAGUGGAGUAUCCUGUGUAAAACAUCAUCAUGUACGUAGCAUGUACAGUGGCUUGCGAAAGUUUUCACCCCCCUUGGCAUUUUUCCUAUUUUGUUGCCUUACAACCUGGAAUUAAAAUAGAUUUUUGGGGGGUUUGUAUAAUUUAAUUUACACAACAUGCCUACCACUUUGAAGAUGCAAAAUAGUUUUUCUUGUGAAACAAACAAGAAAUAAGACAAAAAAACUGAAAAAUUGACCGUGCAUAACUAUUCACCCCCCCAAAGUCAAUACUUUGUAGAGCCACCUUUUGCAGCAAUUACAGCUGUAAGUCUCUUGGGGUAUGUCUCUAUAAGCUUGGCACAUCUAGCCACUGGGACUUUUGCCCAUUCUUCAAGGCAAAACUGCUCCUGCUCCUUCAAGUUGGAUGGGUUCCGCUGGUGUACAGCAAUCUUUAAGUCAUACCUCAGAUUCUCAAUUGGAUUGAGGUCUGAGCUUUGACUAGGCCAUUCCAAUAUAUUUAAAUGUUUCCCCUUAAACCACUCGAGUGUUGCUUUAGCAGUAUGCUUAGGGUCAUUCUCCUGCUGGAAGGUGAACUUCCGUCCCAGUCUCAAAUCUCUGGAAGACUGAAACAGGUUUCCCUCAAGAAUUUCCCUGUAUUUAGCGCCAUCCAUCAUUCCUUCAAAUCUGACCAAUUUCCCAGUCCCUCCCGAUGAAAAACAUUACAUUUACAUUUUAGUCAUUUAGCAGACGCUCUUAUCCAGAGCGACUUACAGGAGCAAUUAGGGUUAAGUGCCUUGCUGAAGGGCACAUCGACAGAUUUUUCACCUAGUCGGCUCGGGGAUUAGAACCAGCGACCUUUCGGUUACUGGCACAACGCUCUUACCCACUAAGCUACCUGCCGCCCCACAGCAUGAUGGUGCCACCACAAUGCUACACUGUGGGGAUGGUGUUCUCGGGGUGAUGAGAGGUGUUGGGUUUGCACCAGACAUAGCGUUUUCCUUGAUGGCCAAAAAGCUUGAUUUUUGUCUCAUCUGACCAGAGUACCUUCUUCCAUAUGUUUAGGGAGUCUCCCACAUGGCUUUUGGCGAACACCAAUGGCUUUUUUCUGGCCACUCUUCUGUAAAGCCCAGCUCUGUGGAGUGUACGGCUUAAAGUGGUCCUAUGUACAGAUACUCCAAUCUCCGCUGUGGAGCUUUGCAGCUCCUUCAGGGUUAUCUUUGGUCUCUUUGUUGCCUCUCUGAUUAAUGCCCUCCUUGCCUUGCUUGGUGGGCGGCCCUCUCUUCGCAGGUUUGUUGUGGUGCCAUAUCUUUCAAUUUUUUAAUAGUGGAUUUAAUGGUGCUCGGUGGGAUGUUCAAAGUUUCUGAUAUUUUUUAAAAACCCAACCCUGAUCUGUAUUUCUCCCUGAUCCCUGACCUGUUUGGAGAGCUCCUUGAUCUUCAUGUUGCCGCUUGCUUGGUGGUGCCCCUUGCUUAGUGGUGUUGCAGACUCUGGGGCCUUUCAGAACAGGUGUAUAUAUACUGAGAUCAUGUGACAGAUCAUGUGACCCUUAGAUUGCACACAGGUGGACUUUAUUUAACUAAUUAUGUGACUUCUGAAGGUAAUUGGUUGCACCAGAUCUUAUUUAGGGGCUUCAUAGCAAAGGGGGUGAAUACAUAUGCAAGCACCACUUUUCCGUUAUUUAUUUUUUAGAAUUUUUUGAAACAAGUAAUUUUUUUCAUUUCACUUCACGAAUUUGGACUAUUUUGUGUAUGUCAAUUACAUGAAAUCCAAAUAGAAAUCCAUUUAAAUUACAGAUUGUAACGCAACAAAAUAGGAAAAACAAAAAGGGGGAUGAAUACUUUUGCAAGGCACUGUACCACAUUUCCUAUAAUAAUUGGCACAGUACACAAAAGGCCUCAAUAAUGGUCCAAACAAACAACAUACUAAAGAGUUACAUGAAGAGUGACUACAUUACUUUUCUGUAGUUUCCCAGCUUUAACGGCCAUGUUCAUAUUCAGUAACAGCUGUUGCUAUUGGUUCCUUUCUCCUUUUGCAGUUCUACAUCGGCUGGUUUGCCCACCCUAUAUUCAAUGGAGACUACAGUGAUAUAAUGAAGAAAAUCAUUCGAGAGAGGAGCCUAGCAGCAGGCCUAUCUAAAUCACGGUAAGAUAAAUAUUUAUUAGCAGCGCUAAUUUUAAAAAUCCACAGAAGAAUUUUAAAUUAUUCUGAGGGAAUGAUAUGAUUCAAACCAUGAAUAGAAAUACAUAUUUAGUGAUUCACAGAAAAAAACAAACGCUCUACAGGCUUCCUGAGUUUUCCCCUGCAGAGAUCCAGAGGGUCAAGGGCACUUAUGAUUACUUUGGGUUCAACCACUACACAACUGUCCUGGCAUUCCCUGUUGAGUAUGGGAACCUACAGCACUACGAUGCAGACAGGUGAGUGGUCAGCCAUAAGAGCCUACACUAUACAGGACAUUAUUGAAAAUAUUUAUUCAUGGUUAUGACAACAACUGAAAGAAUAAUUGUGUCCUUCAAACUUUGCUUUCGUCAAAGAAUCCUCCAUUUGCAGCAAUUACAGCCUUGCAGACCUUUGGCAUUCUAGUUGUCAAUUUGUUGAGGUAAUCUGAAGAGAUUUCACCCCAUGCUUCCUGAAGCACCUCCCACAAGUUGGAUUGGCUUGAUGGGCACUUCUUACGUACCAUACGGUCAAGCUGCUCCCACAACAGCUCAAUAGGGUUGAGAUCCGGUGACUGUGCUGGCCACUCCAUUAUAGACAGAAUACUAGCUGACUGCUUCUUCCCUAAAUAGUUAUUGCAUAGUUUGGAGCUAUGCUUUGGGUCAUUGUCCUGUUGCAGGAGGAAAUUGGCUCCAAUCAAGCGCCGUCCACAGGGUAUGGCAUGGCGUUGCAAAAUGGAGUGACAGCCGUCCUUCUUCAAUAUCCCUUUUACCCUGUACAAAUCUCCCACUUUACCACCACCAAAGCACCCCCAGACCAUCACAUUGCCUCCACCAUGCUUGACAGAUGGCAUCAAGCACUCCACCAGCAUCUUUUCAUUUGGUCUGCGUCUCACAAAUGUUCUUCUUUGUGAUCCGAACACCUCAAACUUUGAUUUGUCUGUCCAUAACACUUUUUCACCAGUUAAGGAUCUGUGAGGCGCCUGUUUCUCAAACUAGACACUCUAAUGUAUUUGUCCUCUUGCUCAGUUGUGCACCGGGGCCUCCCACUCCUCUUUCUAUUCUGGUUAGAGCCAGUUUGCGCUGUUCUGUGAAGGGAGUAGUACACAGCGUUGUACGAGAUCUUCAGUUUCUUGGCAAUUUCUCGCAUGGAAUAGCCUUUACAAGAAUAGACUGACGAGUUUCAGAAGAAAGUUAUUUGUUUCUGGCCAUUUUGAGCCUGUAAUCGAACCCACAAUUGCUGAUGCUCCAGAUACUCAACUAGUCUCAAGAAGGCCAGUUUUAUUGCUUCUUUAAUCAGCACAACAGUUUUCAGCUGUGCUAACAUAAUUGUAAAAGGGUUUUCUAAUGAUCAAUUAGCCUUUUCAAAUGAUAAACUUGGAUUAGCAAACACAACGUGCCAUUGGAACACAGGACUGAUGGUUGCUGAUAAUGGGCCUCUGUACGCCUAUGUAGAUAUUCCAUUAAAAAUCAGCCGUUUCCAGCUAAAAUAGCCAUUUACAACAUUAACAAUGUCUACACUGUGUUUCUGAUCAAUUUGAUGACCCCAAACUUUUGAACGGUAGUGCAGUUAAUGAAUGUAUUAUAGUUCUUCUGUAGGUCCUUGUUUCAAAUUGAUGUCCUGCUCUGUUUACGAACCCAUAUUUAAUUAAAAGAACAAUUACUUAUUCUGUCAUUUUACUGUGUGUAUUAGGGGCGCUGGAACGAUUGCUGAUCGCACCUGGCUAGACUCUGGCUCCGGCUGGCUGAAGGUUUCUCCAUUUGGAUUCCGCAAGAUCCUCAACUUCAUCAAGGAGGAGUACGGCGACCCGCCCAUCAUCAUCACAGAGAAUGGGAUCUCGGCGCGAGGGCCAGUGGAUCUGAACGACGUCCACAGGAUUCACUACUAUGAGAAUUACAUCAAUCAGGUCCUCAAAGGUUACAAGCCACAAUAACAAUUCAGUAUUUCUGUAUUGAUAAUAUGAAAUAUGAUAUAUCAUUUUACAAGUGAAACACCAUCUUUAGUGUUUUGGAAACCAUUCCCACAACCUAAUGAAAUGUUCUGGGAACCUUUAUAGAACCAAUUUUAGUUUUCUGUUUAAUCAUCAUGUUUUCUCCUCUCUUUUCAGCAUAUUUGCUGGAUGGGGUGGAUAUUCGAGGCUACACAGCCUGGUCUCUAAUGGACAAUCUAGAGUGGGCCACUGGCUUCUCAGAGAGAUUCGGCCUGUUCUAUGUGAACCGUUCUGACUCCAAACUUCCACGAGUAGCCAAGAACUCUGUUGCCCGCUAUGCCACCAUCAUCACCUGCAAUGGAUUCCCUGACCCCACUGUUGGGCCUCACGAGUGUUUGAAUCCUGAGCCCGAAGGUAGUGAAAACAUUGUCAAUCUCAGUGGUUGCAACACUGUUGCACACAGUGCAUUUCAGAUGGAAAAAACAUGUUUCAAGUGAUUGAUAAUUCUGUCUGGUUUACACACAUACCAUAUCACACCUGCAAACCAUAAAAGAUCACACAAUCUUCAAAAAACAGAAAGUGAUUGGAAGGGUUUUUAUAAACUCCUUAAAGGUUUUUUAAAGAGGAUUUUACCCAUUUUGAACUUUGCACUGCUUAGGUGCCGUGGUCAUUGUAAACAAAAGUAGGUGUCCUAAGAUUCAUAGAUGCAUGCACUGAUAUCAGGGGCGGUAAUCGAAAGGUCACUGGUUCAAAUACCCGGGCUGACAAGGUGAAAAAUAGAGUGUUGGGCCAGUAACCGAAAGGUCACUGGUUCAAACACCCGGGCUGACAAGGUGAAAAAUCUGUCAAUGUGCCCUUGAGCAAGGCGCCUAACCCGAAAUUUGCUCCAGGUGUGCUGUACUACUAUGGCUGACCCUGUAAAACAACACCUAUCCUGUGUAUGUGACAAUAAAAUAUGUAUUUGUUUUGCAACAAAAGGACUAUCUCCUUAACCGUUUCAUGUGUGAUGAUGCGUUUUCAUAAAAGUAAUGACACCCUUUUUUGUUUACACAUAAACAGUGCAAAGUUCAGAAUGGGGAAAUGCACUUGAUUUUCUGUCUUACCGAUACAUCUGAACACGUUGUCUGAUUAAUUUCCAUUAAUGUAUUAUCUUACCCCAGGAACGAGUGCACCCUCCACCACCUUGCCUAUCUUACCAGUCGAGAACGUGAGCUUCCUGGGUAUGGAGCUGUCAUCUGGCAAUGCUGAGGUAGCCCUCUACAGCGUCUUUGCUCUCGCCAUUACGGGUGUCCUCUCAGUUAUCGCUGUGACCUAUCUGUACCGGAAGUCAGACAGACCCUCUGUGGAAUCUGUGAGGAUGGAGAGACUCUGAACACAUAAACAGAGCUCUAAGGCUCUGCCCCCAUCCAAUAUAAAUGUCGCAUUGUCUCUGUUUCUAAAAUAAUAUGUCAAUACUCUACUUGAAAAGUGCCUGUUUAUUUGUGGUAUAUGAAAAUGAGUUGUUGAUUAUAUAUCUGAUGAAUCAUUAGUGUCUGCACCAAACAAUGACUUAACUUGUUAUUUUAAGAAAUAAAGGCAUAACUUUUGUAGCA